AUGGUGGGCACACGGAAACACCCUGAGGAUUUCCCCCCUCCCGCUCUUUCUAGUUCCGCCUCACCCAAGGGCACAAACGCGCAACCUCAGUCGGCUACGCGCAGGCAACUAAGCCAAUGGGCUCACUCCCCAUCGCGCCUUGUGCUGGCAUGGCUGAUUAUAUCAGUUCCGGUGGUCAUAUGGGAUACAGGAUAUGUGCUUUUGCGACCGCAUAGUAUGCCUGGUGGGGCAUAUCACUUCUUCUGGUCUCCCUACGCGCUCUAUGGGACAAUUGAUUACAUCUACGGCUGGCCUGCAUUCAACUCUCGAAACGGAUUCACUUCCGCACAAGCUACACUGAAUGUUAUUGAGACGGCCUUGUAUGCCUAUUAUCUUUUCAUUGUCUGGGCCCAAGCCAAGCCGGUCAGUGUUGUCCGUAAAUCCGGCAAGUCGUCCAAAGAGGCAGUUGGAUGGUCUAUCAUGCAGAAAACAUCUGUGACAGGGACUCCAGGUGCUCAGGCAUUACUGGCCGUGUUUAGCGCCAGUCUUAUGACCUUGAGUAAGACGGUACUUUAUGCGACCCCAAGGGAAUUCCAUGCAUUUCUGGCUCUAUACAUGAACUGCCUCUGA